AUGGAAUCCUUCUACAAAGAACUUAGUGAAGAAGAACGAGCGCGAGCAGAACUCGGACUAUACGACUUUGAUCACCCAUGUAGUGAUGGCAUGCUAUGUCUUGAACCAGCAGACGUUAUCAUUGUCGAAGGAAUUCUGACAUUUUAUGAUGAACGAAUCCGCGAGAAAUUCACUAUGAAACUGUUCGUUGACGCAGAUGCAGACGUACGAUUGGCAAGGCGAGUGAAACGUGAUACUGUCUACCGGAAGCGCCCCUUGGCCGUGGUUCUCUCCCAAUACACAAAUUUG